CAGCAGCAGAAGCAGCACCCCAGCUAAAACCCAGCCCGCCCCCCCUCACAUCUCCCACCACCCCUCUGCCUCUCCCUUCCCACUCUCCCUGCCCAAUCACAGCCCCCUCCACAGCUUUACGCCCACCCUCCAACCUCCUGCACACUCACACCACCCCAAUAUGUUUGCCCCUCCCACGGCUCUGCCUCCUCCCCCACCGCUGACAUCUGGAAGUCUGCAGGUGCCAGGGCACCCAGCAGGGAGUACCUACUCAGAACAAGACAUCUUGAGGCAGGAACUGAACACCCGCUUCCUGGCCUCUCAGAGCGCUGAUCGAGGGGCCUCCCUGGGCCCGCCACCCUACCUGCGGACCGAGUUCCAUCAACACCAGCACCAGCACCAGCACACGCACCAGCACACACACCAGCACACCUUCACGCCGUUCCCCCACGCCAUCCCACCCACCGCCAUCAUGCCGACGCCAGCACCUCCCAUGUUUGACAAAUACCCUACCAAAGUUGACCCAUUCUACCGGCAUAGUCUCUUCCACUCCUAUCCUCCUGCAGUCUCGGGCAUACCCCCCAUGAUCCCACCCACGGGCCCUUUCGGUUCACUCCAAGGAGCAUUCCAGCCGAAGACAUCCAACCCUAUCGAUGUGGCUGCUCGGCCUGGAACAGUCCCACACACUCUGCUCCAAAAGGACCCAAGGUUGACAGAUCCUUUCAGACCUAUGUUAAGGAAACCAGGAAAGUGGUGCGCCAUGCACGUGCACAUUGCCUGGCAGAUUUACCACCACCAACAGAAAGUCAAG